AUGUUACAUAAAUAUGAUUGGCUUUUAAAUAAUAAAAACCGAUAUAUUAAACGGGUAUUUGCUAAUUGUGAGGACGGAACUAACAUUUGGGACUCACACUCACAAACAGCAACAACAUUAAGACCAACAACUAAAUCCCCAAUACAUACACCUCCUAAAUGGUUGGAUGACCUGUUAGAUAAAGAUAUUGAUACUAUUGAUGAUGUCGUCGAUACACUGGAUGUUUUAGUAAAUAAUACUGAGGACAGUAUACCAUUGAAUUAUAUGGAAAACAUCAAUAGAGUAAUAGAAGUUAUUUCCAAAUUAGAUGAAUAUUUGCGUAUAAAUGAAACAAUGAUUGAUUCAGAAAUAUCUAUAAAUAUUACAGAUAUUUUUGUUCAAUCAUUUAGUCAAUUGAUAAAUCAGAGACAGGCCUGGAUGGACGGCACCGAUAGUCAGAGAUCAUAUGCAGCCUCACAACUAUUAAACUUUAUACAAACAACUGCUUUCUCUACUAAUUGCUAUUUAAAUGAUACAAUAAAUACUAUGGACAAUGAAAUAGUUUUUGAAUAUAACUCAUCACAUAUUGAAAUACCAGAAGGUAUUAUUGUCCCAUCAGACCCAUCGAACAGAGCACUGGUAUGUCAGCAAAACACAAAAAUUGGUGCUCUUAUACAAGGACUUGAAGACAAUCUUAUUGGCGAUCAAACAGAUCAGCAACAAAUCAAUACACCAAUUCUAGCAUUUAGUUUGGAUCCAUCACUAAAUAAUCAUCAAUUAUACGGCAAAUAUGUUAGUAUUAGUUUAAAACAUAAUAAUCGUCUUUAUUUGGGUGAUGAUAUCAAAUGUGUAUUUUGGGAUUUUAGUCAUCAGAAGUGGUCACAAGACGGCUGUCGAUAUGUAAUCAGUCAGUCAACUCGUGAGCAUACAGUUUGCAAGUGCGACCAUUUGACAAACUUUGCAGCAUUGAUGGACACCAGUGGCCGAGAGACUGAUUCAUUAGCCAAAAAUGUGUUGACACUAUUGUUUUGCUCGCUUUCGGUUAUAUGUCUAAUCAUAACCAUUGUUAUAAUUAUGCGAAAAGAUUUGUUGAUUAAACUACGGAAACGUUUUCUGAAAACAAAUACCAAGAAAAGUAAACCACAAACUUUGAAUCAAAUUACUAUAGAAAUGCUUAAGAGAAGGGAUCUGAUUGUACUUAAUCUUUGUGUAUGUCUAUUGGUGGCAGACUUAUUGAUAAUGAUUGGUAUGGAUAGGAAUGAGUCUUUGAUAGUGUGUCAAUUCAUAUCUGCAUUACUAUUAUAUGCCUUAUUGUCUGUCUUUUUAUGGAUGCUAUUACAGUCAUUUCAUUUAUUUCGCAUGACUUACAAUGUAUUUCAUAAGUCAAUUAAAGCGUACGGUUUUUAUCUGUUUGCAUACGGAAUGCCGGUUCUCAUAAUUAUUAUCGGGUUAUUAAGCGUUUGGAAUAAUGAGGAAUCGUUUGGUUCGGCACUCGUAGGCAAUGACUAUUUGUAG